AAUGAGCAUCGAUUUCUGACGCAGUACUAACGUUAUCUCCGAGCUUCGCCCUCGCGGCGCCCCGCCUGUAAACAUAAAGCCAAUGACACGGUCGCUCGUAUCGAUAAUAAUAACGCGCGCUAUCGCGCAACACUAUUCUCACUCGCAAGGCCGCGGCGAGACGCGUCGUUCGGUGCGUGUACUGUACACAAACGGUUUCCAAACGACAUUCAUUCAAAAUUGAAUCGCGUGAGAAGUUGCCGGGCUGACUUUUUAUUCACUUUUAGACUUUUAUUUUUUUGUGAGUCACGCUUUAGUUUAGUCGGGUACCGGACUUUUUUGUCAUUCUCACAUGAGAAGUUAAGAUCUGCCUGCCAACAUUUUGCAGUUCUUUAUUAGAUUAACCAAGAUGAUCCCGCUAUCAUCGGGCAGUAAUGACUAUUGGCAUUUUGCUAUAGGAAACACACUACCUUUGUACACAUGCACGAAAGCAAAAAUGUGUAAAUCCAGGAUCCACACAGCAAGACUGACUUCUCCACAUGCCUUAAAAAUGAGCAGCGACGCAAGAUGAUGAUGAGAAACUUAGUGAUAUAAAAUAAUAAUAAUUAUUAUAAAAUAAUAGUAGAACGGUAUUUUUGGAAGCUUUUUUAUUAGACAAAUGUGAAUGGUGCUUUAGUAGUGUGGUGUUGUGUAUGCAUCGAUAAGAUAUCGAUAGUUUGUGAUGUGGUGGUGAUGAGCGCGAUGUCGAGCGAGGGUGAUCCAGUAAAAGUGGAAGGGGUUCACGUUUCUGUCACCACUAUCAGCAUGCCGGGACCGGAGCCCAACAACGUUCAAUUCUCGUAUAGUUCGAGCGGGGUCCGCAUCAGUGUGUCUUCCGAUCCACACGAUGAGGACUCCACAGACGCCGAAAUCUCCAAGAUAGACUUCACACAACAUCAAAAUGAGGUGAACAUGCGGAAUAAGAAAAAGCGGCCGUCAAGUGGUGCGCAGUAUGAGACGCAGCCCAACGACCGCGAGCGACCCAUGUCCUGGGAGGGAGAGCUGUCCGACUCCGAGAUGGUGAUAGACACGAGCGUGAACAAUGAUGAGAACAGCAGCUCAUUAGACCUGCAGUCAUCUAGGGAUUCCAUCGAUACCCUUCGGAAUGUCACCAUCAAAACGGAGCCAGUCAAGAAUGAAGCAUUCCAAAGCCUUGAUGACCAGCGGGUGCUGGACCUGAAGUACUCUGCGCCGCUACAAUCACAUCAGAGGAGUCUCAGUAUGAAUAGGAUAUCAGUUCUAGACAACACAUCCCUCUCGCUCGCACGGCGGCCGUCCUCUCCCACAAGCAGUGCCAAAUCCCUGGUUCUUUCCGAUCAGACUUCAGUUCCCAUCAUGCCUCAAACGGCACUAGGAGAAGUUCAAAAUUUGACGAUCAAGAAAGAAACUCAGUUAUCAGAGCUCAAGUGUGAGCCGUCAGUGGGCAUGGACAAGCUACUGGGCGCGCUGCACGGGUCGCCGCUUCUGGGCCGAUUGCCGCGCGUGCAGUCCAGCGCUAGCACCGACUCCGCCGUCCAUUCCAUGUAUACGCACAGUGUAUACAGCAGUCCGUCGGCUAGUCCCCGGGCGUCACGGCACUACACGCCGUCCUUGUCCCGGAACAACAGCGACGCGUCCCACUCGUCCUGCUAUUCCUACAGCUCCGAGUUCUCGCCGACGCAUUCGCCAGUACAGGGUCGGCAUCCACCCGUAGUUUAUCGUGAGGCGGCGAGCGUUUACCCCGCGUCGCCGGCGCACGAUGACGACACUGAAGCAGAUGACCGCCUACACCACCAUCAGGGGAUUAGCCGGCAGCAACUCAUCAACAGUCCCUGUCCAAUAUGCGGUGACAAGAUCAGUGGGUUCCACUACGGUAUAUUCUCGUGCGAAUCAUGCAAAGGUUUCUUCAAGCGGACAGUGCAGAACAGAAAGAACUACAUGUGCCUACGAGGCGGGAACUGCCCCGUCACUGUGGCAACAAGAAAGAAAUGCCCUGCUUGCCGAUUUGAUAAAUGUCUAGGGUGUGGGAUGAAACUUGAAGCGAUACGCGAGGACAGAACUAGAGGCGGACGGUCCACAUACCAGUGCUCGUACUCGCUGUCAGGUGCCGCGUCCACCGGCUCCUUGUUAUCCGCGCAUGUGCCCACCACACUGCGGCACGCCUCCAGUCUCACUUGUGUAAAUGGCCCCGGGUCAUAUAACAGUCGAGGAGAGUCGAGUAACAGCCGAUUAACGCCUGACAUACCCCCAUUAUUGCAGGAGAUAAUGGAAGUGGAACACCUAUGGCAGUACAAUGAAUCGGAACUGAACCGACUGGGCAAGUCCCCUGGCAGCCCCUCAGCCAAUCCUCUGUUGGCAGCCAGCGGUAUAACGGCGCAGAACUCGAGUCCAGACUUCUUGGCAGACUUGUGCAAUAUCGCCGACCACCGCUUGUACAAGAUAGUCAAGUGGUGUAAAAGUCUUCCGCUGUUUAAAAAUAUUUCGAUCGACGACCAGAUCUGCCUGCUGAUCAACAGCUGGUGCGAGCUGCUGGUGCUGUCGUGCUGUUACCGCGGCGUCAGCACGCCAGGCGAGGUGCGCGUCGGCGGCGGCCGCGGGAUCACCCUCGACCAGAGCGCCAAAUUGGGUUUGACGCCUUGUAUCGAACGAAUGUUGAGCUUCACCGAUCAUUUGAGAAGACUACGAGUUGAUCGAUACGAAUAUGUCGCAUUGAAAGUCAUCGUUCUACUUACAUCAGAUACUCCCGAGCUCCGAGAGUCUGAGAAAGUGCGAGCGUCGCAAGAGAAGGCUCUGGCGGCGCUGCAAGCGUACACGGCGACGCACUCGCCCGACACGCCUGCCAAAUUUGGGGAGCUGCUGCUGCGGAUCCCGGAGCUGCAGAGGACUUGCCAGUUUUUUAUGCAAGUAGGCAAAGAAAUGCUGAACCCAGCGAACAAGAAUAAAGAUGGCGACGGCCCCAGCUUCAACCUGCUCAUGGAACUGCUUCGAGGCGACCACUGACCAUACGGAUGAUCAGGUGUGAACAUUUCCACCAUUGACUCCCUCAAUCGCUUUGCUCAAGAGUUUUGAAAUUCUAGUUUUCUACGACGACUUAUGAUUAAGGAAUUUCGACUUUAUUGCUUCAAGCAUAAAGUUGAACAAUUUAUUUAUUUUCAUAACAGUGUUUAUCAUAAUCAUAACUUUAAAAAAAAUACGUACAGGACUUUGUGUGUAUAUAAGUUCCAGAGUAUACAUAUCACUAUCAAUAUUGUGAAUAUUAUUGUAUAAUUUUAAUACUCACCACAGAUGAAAAUGAGGAAAUUGUAAUAUUAAAGUGCAAUAGAAAAUGAUACUUGCAUAAAUAUAUUUUUUUACGAAUUCUCUUCAGAAUGUAUGCAAUUUAUUUUUGUGCGUUUUUUUAUAAGAAGAUUUUUUUUUAUUUCGAAGAUCGUUCAUUUUGAUUACGAAAGUAGAAUCAAUGAGUUUUUAAAAAUGCAUUUAUUUAUUAUGAACAAUUUUUCCUUUUUUACGAUAUCUGUAACUUUAAUUUAUUAGAAUUUUAAAUACAGGGGUCAGAUUAGUUUCACUAUAAUAUAUUUAUUCAAUUUGUAAGUACUUCAAUGACUUGUGAAUCUAUCUAUAUAAGAUCAAUGCUGCUUUAAUCUCCUUGAUUAUCUUUAAUUAUAAAUAAUUUCUUAUUACACGUACUUGAGGGCUAUAGGUAGAAAAGAUGCGUUGCAAAGAUUUUGUAAAUUCACUAUACAUCUAUCAUUUCACUUCACUAAAGCAUAUUCAUAUGCAAUUUUUUUUGUUUUUUUUACCGAGAUAUUUCUUAUUAUAAAUACGUUAAAUUUCAGGUUUUGCUUGAUUUAAAACAACAUAAGUAUACUACGCGUUCGCUUCAAUUUGCCUCUCCUACCUACCCUAUUAGUCGACGGCAGUGUUGCCAGGUUUCCCGCCUUUACAGGAGAUCUCCUGUUUUUCUGAAAUUUCUCCGUUGUACUGUUAUUCUUAGAAUAGGAUUUUCUUUUUUAAAUUGCAUGUUGAGUUGCAUUUUCCGUUAUUAAUAAUGUAGGUAAGCUUAAUUAUUAUAAAAUAAAUGUUAUUGUCUAAAAAAAACGAGUUUCGAGGUGCGGCUGAAGCCACAGAAACAUCAAUGUUACUGGCCUAUAUCUUGAUUUAUAAGAUAUAAAAAGUACGCCUCCUGCAUCUACUGGUUUUCUUGUAGCUCUUUCCAUACAUCUACUGCUGUUUUCUAUAACACCUCCCGAUUUUUAAAACUCUGACCUGGCAACACUGGUUGACGGUACCAGUUGAUGUGCCUGUGCCAAAAUUUGUAACGAUCUUCAACGGCCAACUCGAAGUUAACGUGUAGUACUACUACUCUUUUCCAUCGGACGCAAUCUAGUCUAAACUAGGGUAUUACAAAACCAUACAUAGUACUUCACGCCAACCUCAAUUGAGUUAGUUUUUCGUGGCAUCAUAUAAGGAAUCCCCUUUUUUAGUAAAAUCGGACAACGCCUACAAGCCCGGUCGUAUAGAUUUUUAUGUAGUUACAAAUUUAUGUAUGUUAUUCUAUAUGGUGAUAUAUAAAUAUGUGCAUUGACACUAGGCUUUUAUGCAGUAAUUUAAAUUACUUAGGCCAAGGGAACAAUUUAUUAAUGAUUGUAGAUUUGUCAUAAAUGGAAAAUUUGAUAAACGGAAAUCGCUUAUGACAUACGCUUUUGCCCCAUACGAGGUAGGUAGAUAGGUAGGUACUAUUGAUAAAAAUGUAAUAUUAAUAAAUAUGCCUACAUUGCAUGCCUUUAAAGAAUUCUAAAAUAUCUAAAGUAGGUUCUAUUGUGGCAGGAGCAGAUUUAAUCUUGCAUAAAACAAAUCAUAAAAAUAUUUUCUUAGUAUAUUAAAAAUCGUGUAACAAGACCCAGUCACUACUAUUACAUGUAAUUUAAGCACAAAUGAAAAUAACAUCGACGUUAUUAAAUUUUCUAGUUUAACUUUAUUCCGUGAUCAUAACUUACUGUCGUCAGCCAUAAAGGAACCAUCAAUUUAUUUAUUCGAUAUUGAAGAAUUUAUAUUGGUGAUUCAGAAUAACCGAUCAAAUAACAAUAAUUAUUUUCACUCCAGCUACUUUGAAUCUUAUUAAAAAGAUUUUAAGGUUCAAAAUCUUCUGGUUAAACUGAUGUGUCUUUGACUGUUACUGAAUAAUACUUUUAAUGCAAUAUGCAUCUAGGAUUUGAAUUUUCAACAAUUUGUAUUUUUUUUAUUUCAAUUUAUGAAAGACGUUGACAUAUUAUUAUUUAUUGUAAUUACGUGUAAUUAGUUACUUAAUAAUAUAAUUAAUUAAUGCAAACCCACUUUAAAGGUGGGUUGAAUUGUAAUCAUUGCCAUUUCGAUUUAGUUAUGUGUAUUAUAAAUAUUUAGUGUAAUAUAAACGUUUAUUGUCUAAUUGCUUUCGUGGUGAUCCGACAGUUAAACUAUCGGGUUGCCAGGUUUAAUAUUUGGAUAAAAUAAUUUUUGAAUAAAAAAAAUAGGCUUCGUCCGUUUUAUUCCAUAGAUUCUGUUUUUUUUUUCUUUUAUUUUUUGUGCAAUACUUAGCAUAAAGCCAUAAUAUUUUGUCAAAAAAAAAAAUACCCUAAGGGUUAAAGGGGCAAUAUAAGUGUGACCUAUUUAAAUAAAUUAUUUUAUACCGUUCAUUCUUCAGACUUAAAUAGAAUAGAAAUGCAACGCUGGUUGUAUACAU